ACACUCUCUUCGACACUCUUCGUACUAUCGCCCGCUCUGGGGCUUGGAAUCUUUGGCUUCUCUGUUCUGAAUUCUCUUGCAUCUUCCCAAAUUCGGUUCAUUCCACUCAAUUAUGUGGAUCAAAUGACUUGUUGAUUUUCAGUUCAAAGGCCUGCGCGACAAUACCUCAAGCUGUCAAAGGUUCGAUGUAGUGAGCUUGUAUAUUGAAGCGUGAACCAUACCUGUGUUUGGUUUUUCUCCUAAGUUGAACAAUCUACCUUCCUACCAAUACAAUACCUUAUAAAAUGGAACAAAAUAAACCUCUUUCCAUGCCUAUCUGCCAUACAUUAUAUGAUCAACCAUGUUCCUGAUAUUCCAAACACCCCCUUAAAUGGCCAAUAAGGAAUCACUUUUACUUUGGCGGGUUUAAGGCUGUCAUUUUCAGUCCCAUAAGCUUAGUUUACUGUGGAUGCUUAAUGUUUGUAUGUCUUUCCUUUUUCACUUGUGUUUAAUAUACUGUUAUAGCUGUCAAAUUUGUUCUGGCGCCUUAUGAGUUAAAGAUUGGUCAACUUCACACCAGUCGCUCCUCUGUUUUCAGUGGUGAGAAUGGUUACUACCUGGACAUAAGUGGUUUGGUUGUCUGAUAUAAAUGUUUUUCUAAAUAUUUGAUGCCCCUUAACGUGAGACCUAUAAAUAUUAUUUUACAUGCACACAUGAAAGUUUCUGUUAGUUUUCAUGCAAUCCUAGUGUCUGUUGAUAGAAAGACAUUCUUUUAAGGGUGAGAGGAGUAAUCACUAAGGUCUCUGACUGAGUAACAAGGUUAGGGUUCAGAUCAAGAGAUGGGAAGCGUUGAUUUUGUUUUUGUGAUACAAUGGUGAGGUCACCUGUACCGUGUCAUGGAUUACUAUUUUUAUCUCGGGUGAAUACCUGUGAAUGUGUGUGAGUGUGGGUCUCAUGGAUGAAACAUCCAGUGGCAUACCAAAAAGGACUUGACAGCCAGCUGAAGCAGUGACAUGUUGAAGCUUCUAAAUUAACUUUCUUUUUAUUAAUAUUUUAUUUUAUAAACUUUUAUAUUGGUUUCUAUUACAUGCAAAGAAGUAUAAUUUGGUGCAGUACACAGGCUUUUAGCUGCAGAUUUACCAGCAAGGAUGUCAACCGGACCAACACACUGGUGUUAUGAGUGUGGGCAUCCGAUUGCACUUGAAGGCAGAGAGGUCAUUUGCCCUUACUGUCAUGAAGGCUUUGUGCAAGAACUUAAUGAGAGGCAUGGGUUUCAACCAUAUAACGCUCUUGAAGAUUUUCAUCACAUGCCCGAUUUUUUUGAUGCCAUACAUGCCUUUAUGGCGCAGAGAGUUUCUGAACCAAGAUUCGGGCUUGUAGAUGCUUUUGACAAUUUCAGGAGGCAGAGAAUAGCUGGGCAAUUCCCCAACAUUGAUGUUAGACAAAGAGCUGAUACUGCACUAUUUCCUGAAUGGAGUCAGGAUUUUUUCAAUUCUGGCCCUUCUUUCAUGUUUCAUGGUAGUGGAGGGGAGCCCAGGCCUAUUGAUUUUGGUGGUUUGUUGAUGGCCCCUGGACUGGAAGCAUUUAUUCAACAGCUCACCAUGAAUGAUCAUAGAGGUCCUCCUCCAGCCUCACAUUCCUCAAUUGAUGCAAUGCCUACUAUUAAGAUCACGCGAGCGCAUCUUCGCUCUGAUUCACAAUGUCCGGUCUGUCAAGAAAAAUUCGAGCUAGGCACCGAGGCAAGGCAGAUGCCUUGUAACCAUAUUUAUCACUCUGACUGUAUUGUUCCCUGGUUGGUUCGGCAUAACUCUUGUCCUGUUUGCCGUAUUGAGCUGCCGCCUCCAGGACAGGGUAGCUCUCGUGGUGGAAGUCAUGGAGGUAGGAAUGUCAGUAGCAGCAGCAUCCAUGGUAGCUCGAGGAGACCGAACCAAGGAAGGAGAAAUUCGCUAUCAUCUUGGUGGCCAUUCUGAUCUUUCAGUUUAAACGCCAGUCAUUAUGCUGAGACCCAGUGUGUAAGCAGCUCUUCUACUAAUGAUGACCAGAAUAAUAGGACGGGCUAUAAUGCUUCAGGAUAAGUAUAGUCUGGCUGUAUAAUAAUGGUCUUAAUGGAAGAUAUACAUGGAAAAUGACUGGAAACACUCGUGUCCUUUUAGUUUCUUAAGAUGGAUAUUGUUUAUAUAUAUAAUUAAUUGAAAUAGAAAUAUGUGACAGCUGAGUGAAACGUUAGAUAUUAUGCUAUAUAGAUUGUUGCAGUUGAUGCAAAUUUGAGAGGAACUUGAGUUUAUAAUCCCUCUCCUAGGAUGAUGAUCAGCGGUCAUGUUGGUUUCUGUCGUCAUGAAGAGACAUAUGCAAAUGAAAUCUAUAUUCUCCUUGGAGAAUUAUGAC